AUGUUUGCCUUGCUAAGUGGCAGUCAAAUCCCUCAAUUCGGUAUCUUUCUGUCUGCUUUGGCUUUAUUUCAUUUCUUAGAAUAUCUUGCUACUGCUUUAUUUAAUGCUGAUAAAUUAUCGCUUGACUCCUAUCUUAUCAACCAUAGUGCACAUUAUCAUGCAGCACAUGCAGUAGCCUUGUUGGAAUUCUUGGUUGAAUAUUACUUUUUUCCUCGUUUCAAAACCUUUUGUUGGUUUAAUUAUAUUGGUCUUUUGCUUGUCGUGGUGGGUCAAGCUUGUCGUACUAUUGCCAUGUUUUCAGCUAGACAUAACUUCUCUCACCAUAUUGUAGACUACAAAGCACACAACCAUGUUCUUGUCAAACAUGGUAUUUACAGCAUUAUGCGCCACCCUUCUUAUGUGGGCUUCUAUUGGUGGGCAUUAGGUGUUCAACUAUUGCUUGCUAAUCCUAUCUGUUUUGGCUUAUUCGUCUACUGGCUUCAAAAGUUCUUUUCUGAGCGUAUUCAAUAUGAAGAACAUACAUUGGAACGUUUCUUUGGACAAGAAUGGAAAGAAUAUAAAGCAAAGACGCCUACGCUUAUGCCGUUUAUCAACUAA